AUGAGUGCUGCUCAGAGUCAGUCAACACAGGAGGCCAAACUGAAGGCCCUGCAGUGCCACUUCACCUGGGACAUCGACCCCAACAAGUCUAAACUGUUAAGUCUUGUGGAGAAGCUGGAGGACAUCGGCAACGAUGAUGGAAACAGCUGGCUGGGUCACAUUUACAACCUGCAGGGAUACAUUCACUACCAGCUGGAAUUGAAAAAAGACGCCCUGUGUUUCCUCAAAAAGGCCACAGAGGCCUUCCGCCAGUCGAGAAACCCUGUCUUAGAUGAAGGCCCCUGCUUGGUGGUGAACUACGGGAACCUGGCUUGGCUGUACUAUCACCUGAAAGAUCAAACACAGAGUGAGACUUACCUGUCAAACGUCGACACCCUGCUGAAAGAACACCCAUCUCCAUCCCAGGACGUGCUCCAUCCAGAGAUCUACGCUGAAAAAGCCUGGACCCUGAUGAAGUUCGGCAAAGACAAAAAGGUGCUGGCUGCAGAUUAUUUCCAGAGAGCCAUCAGGAUGCAGCCAGACAUAGUGGAGUGGCACACUAGUCAUGUGAUAGGGUUAGUGAAGGCUUAUAAGUACAGUGACAAAGCAGUGGAGGGAGUCAUCACUCAGCAAAUGAGAAUGGCCAAGGAACAGGAUCCAGAGAAUUUGUACCUUGCUGCUCUCGACCUUGAGCAGCGUGCUAGGAAAGGAGAAGAAAUUGAAGAUGAAGCACGUGAGUUAGCCAGAAAGGUUUUGGAGAAUCCUGUCAGCAGCUACAGUGGUAUCAAAGUGUUAUUAAGGGUUUACAAAGACCAAUUAUCUGUUGAUGAAGCUAUUGCUCUGGCAGAGGAGGCUCUGGCAAAACAUCGAGAUCAACGUUUCCUGAAGAGGUGUGCUGCUCUCUGCUACAGAUGGAGGAUAGUUUUCACUCACAACAGCCCCAUAAAGCAAAAUACAAUACACAGAGCAAUCAGUCUCCAUAAAGAAGUGACUUCUCUUUAUCCUCAUUCAGCACUUAUAAAAAUAACCCUCGCUAAUAUAUAUGCAAAGUCAAAUCAGGGCCUUGUUAAAGCUGAGGCGAUUUACCAGGAACUGCUAGAAAAGGCUCUGGAACCUGUAGACAAACAAAUGAUUUACAACUACUACGCAAAAUACUUAAAUCAUGCUCUAAAAGAGUAUAACAGGUCGAUAGAAUAUCACAUGAAGGCAGCAGAGAUACAACAACAGUCCUACUAUCGAGAGAACAGCAUCAAAAUUCUGAGAAAUAUUAAAGAAAAAAACAGGAGCCGAAAGUGUAGUGAUAUAGAGGAGUUACUGGCCAAACUGGAAGUUCAGACAUCUUAA